AGGUCAGAGUCAACAAUAAAGUCUCUGCAGGUUGUCGGCAAACCUUCAGAUUGAUGUGGUGCAAGAAGGGAGAAAAAGAAGAUGUUUCAUGUGAGGAGCUUAGCGCUCAUUCUGCUGUGGGCUCUGCAGUGGGCUGCUGGCUCUUCAGCUCAGUCGUGUCAAGCUCCUGGGAGGAAAUGUAACUUUGUGCAAGACUGUCCAGACUGGAGUGAUGAGCAAGGCUGUGGCUACAAUGGAAAGGGGUUUGUGUGUGACUUUGAGGAUGAAGGAAUGUGUGGAUGGGCUGACACGUCGCCCAGUGCACAAUACAAAUGGGAGAGACAUCAGAGAGGGGAAACGGUGCCUGACAGUGGACCGUCCACCGAUUACACCACCGGCACAGCCAUAGGUUGGUUCAUGGGAAUCAGUGCAGUGAAUGAAGACUUGCUCCACACUGCAGUUUUAAUCUCUCCAGAGAUUAAUCAGUCUUCAACAACGUGUCGCCUUCGCCUCAGAUACUUCCUGUGGGACUCGGGUAACACCGGUCUGGGAUCUACGCCCUUGUGGGCAUCUGUCCUCUACCCAGGUGGUGAAGAGGCUGUUGUUUGGCGUCCUGAGGCCUCCAGUGUUCGUGCCUGGAGGGAAGCUCUCAUCUUUCUGGGCCGGAUUCCCUCAACUUUUCAAAUCCGUCUUCACUCGCUGCGGUCAGUGGGACAAAGAGGAGAUGUGGCCAUAGACCAGCUGGAGUUUCUAGACUGUGCUCUUCCCUCACCAGUCCCCGGGGGAAACUGUUCAGCAGGGAUGGUGAAGUGUAACAACGAGGCCUGUGUGGAGGAGCGCCAUCUCUGUGAUGGCAGCGAUGACUGUGGUGAUGGAUCUGAUGAGCUCAACUGCACUCAAUAUGAGUCCUGUGACUUUGAGGAAGGCCUCUGCAUUUGGGACCUAAGGUCACUUUCAUCAUUGAAAUGGGUAAGGACAAAUCAGACACAGAUCACCAACACGGAUCCUCUGAAAGGACCAGGCAGAGAUCAUUCUAGUAACUCAGCAUCAGGUCAUUUUCUCUAUGUUACGGUCCCUGAUGAGGGUCUCAAAAUGGACUGGGCCUCCUUCCAAAGUCGCUCUCUUGAACCCACCAACAGUUCACAUCCUUGUAAGAUGGUGAUGUACACUCACCAGUUUGGGCCGAGGUCGGGGGGUUUGACGGUGUUGGUUGCAGAUAAAUAUAUCUACCCAGUGUGGGAAAGAGGUGGCUCUCUAGGUGAUCUCUGGGUAAAGGCAGAGGUGGAGAUUGUCACCAACGUCACUUUCCAGAUCCUGAUUAUGGCAGCAAUCAGAAACUUUGCAUAUGGAGGUAUCGCGAUUGACAGCAUUGUUUUGUCUCCCGAAUGCCGCUUAUCAAGCAAUAAUGCUUCUGUUGAAACAUUCCCUGGUCCCCCUAAAAAUCCAUGUGCUGAACCGGAUAAGUUGUGUGAUUUUCAUAUUGACUGUGAAGGAGCAGAGGAUGAAGCUAAAUGUGGUGAUUUCUCUUACUCUCAGGGCAGCUCAGGGUGGACUGACACCAGUCUUGGGGGUCAAGAGGAGUUUCUGUAUGUAGCCAAAGCUCCAGGCCAGCAGCUGACUGAAGCCCAAACACGGACCCCCCUCCUAGGCCCCACUGGUCCCAAUUGUAGCAUGAGCUUUGAUUAUGCACUAACUGGGAAACCCAGUUAUAUUGGUGAUCUGUCCGUCAGAGUGAUCGACAGCUCAAUGGGCACGGGGCCUAAAUUGUGGGAGUUUAAUGGGAAGACAGGACCAGAGGCAGAGGAUUGGCAACACGCUGACAUACUCAUUGGAUUCAGGAAAAAUCGAUUCCAGCUUGCUUUUGAAGCUCACGCUAAGAAACUUUGUCAGUGCUCCAAGAUUAAAGUGAAAAAUGUCCAAUUUAGUGACUGUCAUGUUGACUAUUAUCCAUGGUCUCCAACAGGAUUGUCAUGUAACUUUGAAGAAGGACUGUGUGGAUGGUAUCAGGACAGCAGCGACAACUUUGACUGGACAAUGCUCAGUGGGAUGGACCAUACUAUCAGUGUUGGCAGAAGCCUUGUCGUGGACAUGAGGAGUCCAUACCUGCACGGUUUGUUUGGACGCUUAAUUUCCUUUCCACAGUCACCGGGUCCUAAAGAUUACUGCCUUUACUUCUUCUACAAAGUCUAUGGGCCAAAUGCAGGUACUCUGAAUGUGAAGCUAAUAGAUAACAAAGGUUUUGAGAUGGUCCUGUGGACCCACAGUGGAGCUCGUGGAAAUGUUUGGCAUGAAGCACAAUGCCCAGUACCGCACCAGAUCUCAAAAUUUCAUCUGAUGUUUGAAGCCGUUCGCUCUGGCUAUGAUGGACUCAUUGCCAUUGACGAUGUGGCAUUCUUGGAGGGUCCCUGUACCAACCCAAGGAUGUGUUCCUUUGAAGGCCAACAGUGUGGGUACACCAGCUCUAGUAAAGAUCAGUGGCUCCACCGUAGCGGAUACACAUCCACAUCAAAUGGGCCCAAAUUUGAUCACACCCUGGAGACUGAACAGGGUUUCUACAUGGUUGUUAACACUGGAGCAAGCAUCCUUCCCUCAGGUAGCACUGCAGUCCUCACCUCAUCUGUUCGCCAAGGAACUACCCGUACUGAGUGUCUAAAUUUCUGGUAUCACAUGGGAGGAGUGAAUCCAGGUUCUCUUACAGUGUAUAUGAAGCCAGUGAAGGGAGAGCGGGUCAAGAUAUUUACAAACAACCUGAAUCAAGGAGAUGUGUGGCGUCAUGGCUAUGGCAACAUUUCGAGCUCCCUUGAGGACUGGCAGUUGGAAUUUGAGGUUGUCGGAGCUGGAGGGAAAGACACUUGCAUUGCAAUCGAUGACAUCUUUCUUUCACAUUAUCCCUGUGAAAAUCAAGAUUCCCCAGGUUCCAAGUGUAGUAUGGAGAGAGGCAUGUGCAGCUGGAGCAACACUCAGAACAUGACCAUAGACAAACUGGACUGGGAGCUGACGAGUGCAGAGAUGGAACGUCACUACCCAAUCCCACUUGACGACCACACUUUGGGCACAGAAAAAGGUCACUUCCUGUUCUUUCCAAGCAGCAAUCGGACAGAAGUGAGUCAAAACGCUCUACUGCUGAGCCCUCACCUGCCCCCUACUAAGGGCACCUGCCUGAAGUUCUGGCUCUAUAAAAGCCAGUCGUCGGACUGCCAGCUAAAAGUAUGGAGACUCUCCGAAGGUCGUUUCAACCCGCUGGCUGAGACCGAACUUGUUGGACUGUGGAAACGUUUUGACAUCGACAUCACAUCUACUGAGAAAUACCAGAUUGUUUUUGAAGGCGUCAAAGGUACAGCAGGUGUGGUAGCUCUGGAUGACAUCGAAUACACCAUCGGGAUCAACUGUGCUAACAAAGUCACAGAUCCAAUAAAACCCUCCCCAAACCGAAACAAUGCAGGAGGGAUCGCGGCGUCUGUGAUUGUGGUCCUUCUGCUCAUCGGCACGUUGGUCGGCCUGCUGGUUUUCUACCUGCGAACACGACAGACAUCACCUUCCUCAUUUGUUGCUGGUUUCACUAAUGAGUCUUAUGACACAGACCUCACAGUCUCUUGUAACACCAGAGAAAUGGAGGUGGAAUGAGACUCAAGGUACAAAGGUUCUGCCACCCAAAGGUGGUUUGUUGAAAAAAGGUGAUAUCACAGCAGGAGAACUACUUGUGUCACCCAUACAUCACACACACAAUAUGCAAGCAUAGCUCACACACUGACCAACCAAGCUAAGCCUAAUUGGUGAAGAUACCUCAGAUCAGAUGUGACUCUGGCUGUGGAUGGAAAGAAGACAAAAGUUCUGAUGUGUUUUGGAUGAAAAUGAACUUUCUCUUAAUCAAGACUGGGCACAGCCCAUGAAUGACAGAAAUGGCUGUAAGUAGAUCCUUUUAGGUGUCUCAGAAACCUCGAACAGUUAUAAGUUAAUUUUAAGUGCAAGCAGCAGAAAGAUUUCAGUAGUUUAAGCCCCCUUUUUAUCUUCUAAAAUGGGCACUCCUAUUUUAGAUAAAAUAAUUUGCUAGUUGUGGGAAUAAAUACUCAGCAUAUGGAAAAGUAAUAUAACUUUGUCUGUUCAUAAGGUUUUUUUCCCAGCUUCAGCCUAGAGACUACAUGUUUAUAACAGAAUAAAUGGGCCACUGGAGUUUGAAACUAUGAGAGUUUAUCAGAACCCUUGAGUUGCAAUAUGUAAGUGGAGUCCAAUUCAUAUUAGGGACAUAAACUCUUAAUUUGUUGUUCAAAAAGAAGGAAAGUUGUGGACAAAAGAGAAAAGACUGUAAACACGCAGGUUAUAGCCUUGAGAAAGUUGCAUUUAAGUGGACGCUGAGGUGCGCUAGUGUUUGUAAAGAUUGUUAGAGUAAUGCAAUGUUUUAUAUGUACUGAAGGGUUCAUUUUACUCUGUUUUAAAACAAGCUGUGAUUGAGCUCUGGUAAUA